AUGGCUAGACCGGACAGUUGGUAUACGGUUUGCAUCGCCAUGUUUGCUGCGAUUGGGACAUUCUUCUUCGGAUUCGAUACCGGGAUCGCAACGACUACCAUCGCACACGAAAGCUGGGUAGAAUACAUGGGACAUCCAUCUAAUGGCUUGACUGGAGCAGUCGUUUCCGUAUACAUCGCAGGCGAAGCGGUGGGAGCCCUUCUUCAGACUUUCAUCGGGGACCGGAUGGGUCGCAUUCGCUUCAUGCAGAUGCUGUGCGUAAUCGUUACAAUUGGCGUGACCAUACAGACCGCUGCGGUAAACAUGGGAAUGUUCCUGGCCGGCAGAGCUUUGGCUGGUACUGCUGUGGGCGGGAUGAUCAGUACAGUCCCCAUCUACCUCUCRGAGAUUGCAGCACCACACCAAAGAGGCAUGAUUGGUGGUAUCUCCGGAUGUGGAAUCACGUUCGGGACUAUGGUUUCGAAUUGGGUGGGCUUCGCCUGUGGUGAGGCACCGUAUGGUCCUGUGCAGUGGAGAUUACCUCUGGCCAUACAGAUCCCCUGGGGUAUCGUGAUGUUCAUUGGCUUGUCUACGUUCAUGCCCGACUCCCCUCGCCAGCUUAUACGGAACGGCAGAUUGGAACAAGCCCGAGUUGAGUUCAGCAAAAUCCGACGGGACUUGCACUCGUAUCAAACUGAAGAAGAGUUUGCAUUGAUGCGGGCACAGAUCGAGUUCGAGCAGGACAGGGAGGUGAAGUCGAUUAAGGAGAUCUUCAGAUUGUUCAAGCACAGAGCAUUGGCUUCGAUAGCUGUGACGACGAUGACUUCCUUAACGGGCGUCAACGUUCUUCAGUAUUAUCAGACCAUUCUUUUCAAGGCGCUGGGAAUUCCGCGAAAAACAAUCUUGGCCCUGGCCGGUGUUUAUGGAACCGCGGCAUUCAUAUCCAAUGUUCUCACGACUCGAUUCCUCCUGGACCAAUGGGGACGGCGCAAGAUGUUGCUCACCGGAAUGACCGGUGUCAUACUCAUUUUGAUCUACUGCGCUGUGAUGCAACGCGAAUUUCAACACACGGACAACAACGUUGGAAAAGGCUUUGCCGUGCUCGGGAUAUACCUCUAUGCUGUCGUCCAAUACGGCACGCUGAACAGCUCGAGCUGGCUGUAUAGCGUUGAGAUCCUUCCCAUGGCAUUGAGGAGUAGGAUUGGAGGUAUAUCAGCGGCAUGUCACUUCAUCGUCAAUGUUGGGAUCACCGAAGCGGGUCCAAGUGCGUUUGCUACCAUUCAUGAGAACUACUAUUAUGUGUUCGUGGGUUGCACGACCUUUUUCCUUGUUAUUGCAUACUUCUACUUUCCCGAAACGACGGGCAAGACGCUGGAAGAAGUCGCUUCGGCCUUUGGAGAUCGGGUUCUUACUCUGGCAGAAACCGAACCUGGCGCUGAGUUUGCAGCCUUGGGUGGCAAAGCGACAAGCGCACGUACGGAGAUGUUCGAGGAGAAGAUUGGGUGA